AUGUGGCACAGUACACAGCUUGGCCAGGUCCAGGUGGAUGAGAUGCCCGAGGGCAAGCUGAGCGUCAUGUCGGCAACCGCCGCGGGCGCCACGCCGGCUGCGGUGCCGAUCCCCUGCCGCUCAGCACUGCUAGGCGUCGCCGCGCCGGCGCUGCUGGGCCACGUUCGCAGCCUCUUCGCUCACUAUUUGCAGGAGGAGGAGGCGCGACAGCGGGGAUUGCCAGCGAACCCGGGCAUGAAGGCGCCAGAGGUGCGCCUGGCGCUGGCGCAGCUUCAAAGGCUCCAGGUGGACGAGGACUAA